UAUAUAUUUAAAUUUAUUAUAAUUAUUCUAUUUAUGUAUCUCUGGAAACGGCAAAUUAAAGUUGCGCGAAAGUUCAAAUCAAUAAUCCGCCAACUAUAAAUGCCGUCGAAUAAUCGAACGCCGCCAAUUCAGAUGUUCAAAUAGUGGUUUGCGGAGAUGGCUUCCUUUGACAUGUGCGGCUAAUGUUUUAGACUAGACCUUUCAGAUUAUGCAUCGUAUUAGCUUUCAUGUGGUUGCUAUACAUUCAUCGUAUCAUCAACGGGAACUUGUGAAUUUGAUUCUAUCAGUUUCGGAGCGAUGAGAAGAUGUUUCGAAAUCUGAAAUUAGUACUCGGCAAAAUUCGGCAUGCCAAAUCUUUUCAUUUAUGUGCACGGCGGCAUAUAGAUUUGAGGGAACCUUCUCAACCGUUGAAACGGUGUCCGAAAUGGGUUUGCGUGGAAGAAGCGGUGAAAAUUAUAAAUUCAGAACAUCUGGUCUUCAUACAAGGCGGUUCAGCCACGCCGACGGAGCUAGUGCGUGCUAUGACCGAGCAUGGAGUAUGCAACAAUUUGCGCGGCGUCAGACUGGUGCAUAUGAGCCUCGAGGGAGACGCACCGUUCGCCAAUCCGGAGUUUGAGAAGCACUUCAGAUCCAUCAGUCUAUACGUGGGCACCAAUGUGAGGGAGGCGGUGAACGAGGGACGAGCGGACUACAUUCCGGUGUUCCUACACGAGGCGCCGAGGUUGUUUUACGAAAAGAGAAUCGUGCCGGACAUCGCGCUGAUUCACGUGAGCAUGCCGGACGCCCGUGGAUUUUGCUCGCUCGGCGUGAGCGUGGACUGCACCCGUGCCGCAAUUUGCACCGCCAAAAUCAUCAUCGCGCAAGUAAACGAGCACAUGCCGAGGUCCUUCGGCGACACAGUGAUCCACUCGAGCCACUUCGACUUGGCGGUGAGAUACGACUGUCCCUUGCCCUGCGUGGCUUGUCCACCGUCGAACGAUCUCGAGCAGGAGAUCGGCAAGAUAAUCGCGCAGAGAUUGAUCGACGAUGGAGCGACGUUACAGCUUGGCAUCGGCUGCAUCCCCGACGCGGUGCUCUGCGCCCUGGUCAACCACAAGGAUCUGGGCAUACACUCGGAGGUCAUCAGCGACGCGAUGGUCGAUCUUGUCGAGCACGGCAACAUCACGAACAAGUGCAAGAUCAAGCACAGAGGACGUAUGAUCGGUUCCUACGCCAUUGGCACGAAACGAUUGUACGACUUCUUGCACAAUAAUCCGUUUGUCGAACUGUUAGCGAUCAAUUACGUCAACGAUCCCCGAGUGAUCUCGAUACAGCCGAGGAUGACGGCCAUAAACUCCUGCAUCGAGAUGGACCUCACCGGCCAGAUCUGCUCGGACAGCUUGGGCUGUAAGAUAUACUCCGGCUUCGGCGGCCAGUUAGACUUUCUUCGUGGCUCCGCGAAGGGUCAGGAUGGUCGUGGAAAAGCUAUCGUCGCGUUCCCAUCAGUUACCAGUUCAGGAGAGAGUAAAAUACAGCCGGUGCUUAAACUCGGAGCCGGAGUGGUGGCUACAAGGGCUCACGCGCAUUAUAUAGUUACGGAGCACGGAGUGGCGCAGCUUUUCGGCAAAACCCUGCGGCAAAGAGCGAACGCGCUGAUUCAAAUCGCGCAUCCCGAUCACAGGGAGUGCCUCGAAAAGGCCGCGUUUGAUCGUUUGAAAGCUAACCCAACGAAAUAUCUGUAAUGCUUGUGAUGUGUAAAUACAAAUUCUGUGAUAGUAAGUUCACAAUACAAAAAUCGAAGUAUGUGAUAAUUUAAGUUCCAAUCAACUAUUAAAAUAUCACAUCUUAAAUAUUUUCUAAAAGGACACGUUUUAUAUUGAUUUUUCAU